UGCUGGUUGUUUGAAUUCCCCAACUGAUAAGUAUCUUAUUUAAUUGAAAACUGAGCCAUUAACAGAAACGCCCGAUUUAAAAGCAACGUUCCGCCCAUAACUUCAUAGUUUGUUGAUCAUGAAUGCCUUGGGCAUUAUUAGGCUUUUCUUAAAUCCUACACAUAGAUCUAUUUUUCUUGCAAUUAGUCAUGUUCUGAACAACUGAAACAAAUCAGAAUUUCUUUUCCUUAGUGUUUAGAUUAUCGGAAUGUCUGUAAAGUAAGAAACGUGCACAAGACUAUCUAUUGUAAUGGAGAUAUCUAUAUGACAACUCCCCAAACCCAACUGCCCAUGAAAAGAACAAAAGGGUAAAUAAAGUAAAAUGGGAGUGGCUUAAUAUAACUCCUACGCUCAGUUCAUAAAUACCGGCUGAUCUCAAUGCAGUCAGUCGUGAUCAUUACCGACACAGAGCGCGGUCAACUCAUCUAUCGGAAACCAAAUAAGGGGUUUCUCACGCAAAAGAUCCAGCAGGCGCAGCCGAAGACCAAACAUGUUCAGUGUCUUGUGGCUAUGCGCUUUCAUUGGAGUGUUUAUUUCAACCUCUCAAGUUGCUUCGUCCGAUUGCGAGAAUCCUCCACUAGAUAUAGCUAUCGUUAUUGACCAAACGAAGAGCGUAGGAGAAAGAAACUAUGAUACGAUGUUGGACUCGGUCAAAUCUCUCAUUGACAAGUAUGAUGUUGGCGAAGACAAAACGCACUUCUCCAUCGUGACGUACGCUAAAAUCGCCGAAGUUCGCGUGAGUCUUGACGAUCCAAAGUACUACAGCAACGAGGCGCUUGAAGAACUUCUUGACGAAAUGAAAGAAAACGACAAAUUAGGAAGCCCUACAAGGACUGACGUAGCAUUAAAAACAGUCGGCGAAAAAGUGUUUGUUGAAAAGAAUGGCGAUCGACCAGAAUCACCGAACAUCAUGAUCGUUUUCACUGACGGGAAAACGCACAAAAGUUCAGAGCCGUAUGAUACCGUGAUACCAACGCUUGAGAGGGCUGGCGUUCAUCGAGUUGCUGUUGGCAUCGGGAAAAGUACUGAUGAAUCAGAGCUUGAGACCAUUGCUGGAGACAAGAGCCGAGUGAUUAAUGCCAAGGAUUUUGGAGACUUGGACAACCAGUUGGAUGACAUUCGUGAAAAAACUUGCAAUAUCGAUGGAGGAUAUACUGAGUGGACGGAAUGGACGGAAUGUACCGCAACCUGUGGUGGAGGAACUAAACGACGGUCAAGAACUUGCACCAAUCCUUCACCAAAAAAUAAUGGGAAAACCUGUACAGAACAAGAGCAACUUGGUCCACCUGAGGAGUCUAAGGAGUGCAACACCGAUGAAUGUUCCGUACCUGGUGGUUACACAGACUGGUCUAGCUGGGGAGAAUGCAGUGUAACAUGUGGAGGAGGAGUUCAGAAACGGACAAGAACUUGCACCAAUCCUCCUCCAUCUGGAGGUGGACCAAACUGCAUUGAGCAAAACCUGGGACCAGCAGAGGAAGUACAAGCAUGUAACAAGGGAGACUGCUCCGUACCUGGUGGUUACACGGACUGGUCUAGCUGGGGAGAAUGCAGUGUAACAUGUGGAGGAGGAGUUCAGAAACGGUCAAGAACUUGUACCAAUCCUCCUCCAUCUGGAGGUGGACCAAAUUGCAUUGAGCAAAACCUGGGACCAGCAGAGGAAGAACAAGCAUGUAACAAGGGAGACUGCCCUGUACCCGGUGGUUACACGGACUGGUCUAGUUGGGGAGAAUGCAGUGUAACAUGUGGAGGAGGAGUUCAGACACGGUCAAGAACUUGUACCAAUCCUCCUCCAUCUGGAGGUGGACCAAAUUGCAUUGAGCAAAACCUGGGACCAGCAGAGGAAGAACAAGAAUGUAACACACAGGAUUGUGGUGAAGAUGGAAACUGGUCUCCCUGGGGUAACCCAGGUCCUUGUGAUAAGACCUGUGGAGGAGGUACACGCAAGAGACAAAGAACAUGCACCAACCCACCCCCAUCUGGAGAUGGCGAAGACUGCAAGGGAAGUAAUACAAAAAGCGAGACCUGCAACACACAGCCAUGUCCAACCCCAGAGCCUCCGCCGCCAAAACCUUGCAACGAACAUCUUGAUGUUGUUGUCAUCAUCGAUUCCUCCAACAGUAUAAGCCCAAGAGACUACAAUAUUGCUCGUCAAUAUAUAAUACAACUGGCUGAAAGACUUGAAAUAUCUGAAGAAGGUACACAUAUGGCGAUCCUUCUCUACAGCUUCGAAGCCCAUACUUGGCACAGAUUUACCGAUACCCAAUUGGUUGACGAAAUUAAGCGCAAAGCUGCCGCUUUGCCGCACAUUCAGGGUGGAACAAGGACAGAUAGAGCCCUGGAACUAGCAACUGAAGAUUUCUUUGGCUGGGAAGACAGUGGUGACAGACCAGAUAAACCAAACGUGUUGAUUGUGCUCACAGAUGGUGACACAAAUGAAGGAAGCAAGCCAUUUAACCAAGUUAUUCCUCCUUUGGAUAAAGCAAGCGUCAGGAGAAUCGCCAUCGGCAUUGGUACAGGGAUUGAUAGGAAAGAGCUGGAAGAAAUCGCCAGCAACAUCAAGGACGUUUUGCAAGUACACGAAUAUUGGCAAUUAUACAGCAAACUGGAGGAAAUCAUGAAAAUGGCCUGUGAGGAGCAGUAUCCUGGUGAUUGUGGCAACUGGGAAUCUUAUGGAGAAUGUAGUAAGACUUGUGGUGGUGGAGUCCAGGUUCGCACAAGAGAAUGCCCAGCAAAAAGCCUUCAUUUAAAGCAGCAAAAGAAACACUGCAAUACCAACCUUUGUCCAGGACAAGAGCCUUGUAUAGACGGGGAAGGAGAUUGUCCUCGAAGAGCUGCUUCAGGAGACUGUUGGAAAACCGCACAACCACCGAUACUGAAGACAAUGCACUACGUUGGCAGAAAUUUUCCAGAGUGGGAUAAAUGUAAAAAGAGUUGUCGCCGAUGCAAUGUUGACCCCUCGUGCCAAGAUAGUGAUCCGUACAUUUGUCCCUGGUGGUCAAAAGCACAAAAGAACCUAUUAAAAUGCAACUUUCGCUUUAAACAAGGUUACGGAAUAAAGUCUCUGAAAGAUAUGUGUAAGAAGAGCUGCAAUCAGUGCAGCAGCGGUGGAGGAGGAGGAGGGCAAGGAGGUGGUGGCUACGGUGGCGGUGGUGGUAGCUACGGUGGCUACGGUGGCGGUGGUCGACCAGGUCACGGUGGUGGUGGUAGCUACCGUGGCGGUGGUGGCUACGGUGGCGGUGGUGGCUACCGUGGCGGUGGUAGCUACCGUGGCGGUGGUGGCUACGGUGGCGGUGGUAAUCGUCGUCCUGGUUUCGGAUUCGGUCGUUAGGGACGUCGAUAAUCAGGCAGUAAACUUCAGGAAACCCUGUUUAUUUUUCCAAGGAGUUUAAGCCUGGGUUUGUUUAUUGCAUAACGUAAAUUUACAUCACUAUGUAAGGAUUUUGUCCUGAUUUAGUUCAUUAAUAUUACUAGACUAAACUAGGUAAACUCCGUAAUAUACGGGAAGAUGCAUUUUUCAUUUUUAAAACAUGGUGUAUUUGCAGUUUUUUUUUCAGUUCCAGAUUUCAAAAUCAAAGCGGGUCCUUAUCGUGCCAGACGAAAAAUGACAAAGGAAUUCUAAAUGGAAUAGCAAACAAGCUGUAGAAAUGAGUGAGAAAUAAACUUGCAAGUUGAAAAUA